AGCGGAUUUCUUCAGCCAACAUGCUACGUCCACUCUGGAUUUUAGGAUUUGUAAUCCUGGAACUUGUAGUCCUAGGAAAUAGGUCGGUAUCAGGCCAAAUACAUUACCAUCGCUAUAUGUUGGGCGGCUAUAAGGCGCAGCACAAUCCAAAAACCCAAAUGGACUACAAGAGAACUCAUCAUGCGAAAAAUGAUGCUGAGGCGGUACCAGGUGCUUCAAAUGGUAGUGUACAUUUUGGCACCUCCAAGGAGCCCGUGGUGAGGUUGACUAAGUCGGGAAAGAAGGUGCUGCUCCAUGAGCUAAUGGUUCGUAUCUAUCAACACAACAAGUACAUCUGCAUGGGAACUGUGAUUUCCGAGAAGCUUGUGAUUACCGCAUCCACCUGUUUCGACGACCAUAGCCCUGAUGUGGUCUCGAUGAAGAUGUACGACGAUGAGAUCCUCGAUGGGUUCAGGUAUCCCCUGAACAAGACCUUUCUGAAGGGUGCGGAUCCUCUGCUGGUCGCCAUCAAACUACCCAAUUCCCCCCACAACUCCAGUGUAAUGGGCGACACAGUGAAGCUCUGCGACAUGGAACUGCAAAACUACAGCCCCGUUGAGUUGCCCCUUUGGAUUCGAAGUCGCCACAGUAUUCACUCGCAGAUAACGUACAUAAAGCCCAUCGAGGAGUGCCGGCAUCGCCUGAAGGAUCCCAAGGGAGUGGUGGCCACCGGCACUAUGAUCUGUGUGAAGAAUAUGAAGUAUACUGCCCUAUGCCAGCACGCCGUUGGGAAUCCCCUCAUUCACCACGAAGAGAUAUGUGGCAUCAACGUGGCGGGUCAUAACUGCCCCGCCUUCACAGGAGUCGAUCUUUAUAUUAGGGUCUACGACGCCCUGGACUUCUCUGUAAGAGGCAUGGAAAUCAUUAAGGACUCCCAUAUCGAAGAUACAAUAUUGUAAUUAUAAAAUAAAAACAAUACAGUUGCUAUAAAAAUUCGGUAAAAUAUUUAAAUACCGUAAUAAAUCCAUUAAGAGUCGGAAUCGGUUUCAUUUUCUCAUUAAAAGUCAAGUGAAAUAUGAGAACAAGUCAGUUUAACACAUAGAUUGCCAUGAUUAAGGUGGGCAUAUUCUUGCUUUUGGCCUUACUAAGCUUUAGUGCAGUCGAAUCAGGAACAAAACAUCUGAAGAUGCAUUAUAAGAAUGGUGACUGGCGUCCACACUUCGGCUACAGACCCAGUCACUACGGAAACAGUCACGGUUGAGUCCAUCAGUACCUUUAAGAUUUAAUACAAGGCGGUUUACUAUAUAAAAGAUGUAAAUACCGUUUAAAAUUUAUAAUAAAGGAAGCCCCUUAUCAUUCCUCAAAUCGGUUCCAUUACCUUUGAAAAUAGGCGAGUCAAAUCUCAGGCAUUCAAAAGGCCUCUUUUCAUUCCUUUAAAUUUAGUUUUGUUAUUGAUCGGUUUAAAAAUGGUUAGAUUUUUUCUGGCUUUACUAGGUUUUAGCCACGUCACACUUUUGCUGGCUAAACUGCCUUUGGAGGAAUACCUGGUGCGUCUGAUGGGUAAUGGCAAGCUCAUCUGCAGCGGAAUCAUAGUGAAUCGGCGACAGGUUUUAACCGCUGGUUAUUGCAGGCCAGAGCGGUACACAGAGAACAUAACUCUGGAACUUCCCGAGGGCUCUACAAACACUGUCGCAGGGAGCACUGUGUCCAAAGAUUACACAGCUGAAGAUGCCAGUGAUUUGCUAGUUCUACUUCAUUUGAGCAAAGAACUGGGGGAAAAGUUUGGGGAUCCGCCGCCCAUUUGCCAGAAUCGACCGCCGAUAAACGAGGAAUUGCAGUACUGGAGCUGGAAUGGAACCAUUCUGCAGAAGAAAUCCACUCCGCAGUCCUCGCUUUUGGAUUGCAGGCGUGAAAUCAAGGAUCCCGAUGGUGUGGUCAUCGGCAAUGAUACCGUUUGCCUGAGAAACAAGCAGGUCUCCGAGGGUUGUGUGAGGAGCUUUGGCAUUCCCUUUGUGUGGCGCAACACCUUCUGUGGCAUCAACAUUCUGGGACAUAAUUGCCAAGUUGCCAGCAAGGCGGAUAUAUUUGUGCGACUGCGGAAGACCAAUUGAUUUAAGAAAUUUAAGUACCAUUUGUUACUUUCCCAUAUUAAAAUGCUGGUGCUAAAAAUGACCUAAUAAAAUUAUAAGUCCCCAUUGUAA